AUGGUGUCAUGGAGCACUGUACGUCUCAUGGUCAUCUUUGCCCUCAUUAACAACUGGCAUAUGGAAUCAAUUGACUUUGUCCUAGCAUAUACGCAAGCUCCCAUCAAGACCAACAUCUUCAUGCAACCACCAAGAGUUCCUCCAGAGUUUGUGAUUACUGAUAUGCCUUGGCCAGGCAACCGAUUCACCUUUGUGUACAAGUUAUUGCAGAAUUUAUAUGGACUCAAAGACGCGGGACAAACAUGGUGUCAAGAAUUUCUCCACAAGGGAUUGAUCGAUUGUGGAUGGCAACAAUCAAGCAUUGAUUCUUGCUGA